UGGCGCUUCCGGGCUGGCGGGAAGUGGCUACCUCUGCAGUAAGCGGCUCUCUGGCGGCUAUGGCCGCCGCGCACCGGCCGGGGAAGCCUUCUGACUCGACGUGGAUAAAGUCAGGAAGAAAAAGAUCUGUGCUUUUUGCCUAGCUGCAUCAGAGUUGCCUGCCUGAGUACUCAGCUUUGCUGUAACCAACAAGCAGAAAUGAUAAGCUGCAAACUUGCAAAACAUCUCUAGAAGAAAGAUGCCUUGAUUUUGAAUUAAUGUUCUCACAGUGUAAGAGACUGAUUUUUAUGCAAAAAGACUUUACCAUUUUUUGUUUUCGUAACAGGCAGAAGGGACUCCAACAGCAAGCAUUUUGAACCUGAGGCUUAUACAGUGGGACAGUCUUUGGGCUUUUAUAGUGGACAUCCCCAUGCAAACUGCAUUUUCUCUUUUAUAACUUCAUUAGGUGCAGUGAGCUAAUAGUGAGAGAAUUUCUUCUUGUGAUGGCACUGUUUUCUCAAACCAGCCUGCAUGGUUUUCAAGCUUUGCUAUGGAAGUGCCGUAUGCUCUCACCUAUUUCAGGAUGUCCACAACUGUUCGCUGUUUCUUUUAGCAUCCCCAGUAGGGAGAAGUUUAACUGUUUCAGUUUUAUGACAUCUUCCAGUGCUGCAUUACCAGUGGGUCCCAAAGGAGCUGGUGUCGUUCCUUCCAAGAAAAGGUCCGAAAUUGAUUAUGAAGAAAAAGCAUGGGAUAAAAAAGCCAAAGAAGUAUCUGAAGGGAAACCCCACUCUUCUUCCUCUGUGACAGCUCCAAAGAAAGAGUUAUUGACUCAUGCUUUGUUAAAGCAUCAGUUUACCAGCGUACAGCCUCCAGAAAAGCCUUUGCAGGCUGAGGAAUGGAACAGACUGAGGGAAGGCUUUCAAUCACCUGAAGUAUUUGAAGAAGUGAUGCUUAACAGUAUGGUCAAACACAACAGCCCCAUUGAUGUGGCUAAGUCCUUGCUGACCUAUGUGGCAAAGAGUUAUGGUGACAUUGAAUAUAAAUUAUUGGUCAAGUAUCUGGUAUUGUGUGUCCAGCAGAGGCAGGCUUCAGAAAUUCUAGAUGUGCAUGAUAUAAUGAAAGGCAGGUUUAAGAUACUUGAAAGUGGGGCUUACAGCCUUAUUAUCAGGGGGCUGAGUAAUUCAGAUCAAUGGAGGAUGGCAUUGACUAUUUUGGAAGAAGUAAAAAAGAUUACGAUUCCCUCGCGAACACACUAUGAGUCCUGUAUCAAAGCAGCCAGCCGUCACCAAGAAAUGAACCUCGCAUUUGAACUUUACCAUGAAAUGCUGGCUAACAAUUUGGUCCCAACCUUGGAUGUCCUGCAGGCAUUUUUUGAUUUCAGCAGGGGUAUGAAAGGUGCUGAGUUACAAAAAGAGCUGUUUGGUGUCCUUUUAUAUUUGAGAGACAACCAGUUAUACCCUCACAAAACAUUUAUGCAGAGUAUAAAGCUAUGGUUUGAAAGUAUACCAGAAGGGAACUGGAGAGGACAUCUAACCAACAUUAAAGAAAGUGGACAGUGCCCAGUGUGCAACCAUCAGCUGGAGGACAGCAGUCUCACUGAAGAGGAGUAUAAUAAUCUCAGAGAAAAAAUAAUAAGGGAUGUGAUACAUGGAACUGACACUUUCAGAAAGACAAGCCCACAGGAAUUUGAAGCCUUUCAAAAAUUUGUGGAAAAUCGACUUCCAUUUGAUAUUGUUAUUGAUGGACUCAAUGUUUCCCACAUAAAUGCCAAAAAGAUGCAGUGUGAAAAUCUCUUUAAUGCUGUCAACUACCUAGCAAAAAAGAAUACUCGGUUGCUUGUGCUGGGCCGCAAACACAUGCUGAUUAACUCUUCAAACUGGAAAAGAAAGAUUAUGGAGGAGAUGCAGACUAAGGCACACUUCUUCUUUGCUGAAAAUAUCUCUGAAGAUGAUGCCUUCUUGUUAUAUGCCACUCUUCGAUCAGGCAAGCAUUGCAAGUUUGUCACUAGAGACUUCCUCCGGGAUCACAAGGCUUGCCUUUCCGACAGCCCGACACGUCAUCUGUUCCGUAAGUGGCAGCGUGGAUGCCAAAUAGCGUUUUCCCCUUCUGCAGAAGGAAAGCAUAUACAUUUUUUGCCUGCUUUACGUUAUGACUGUGUGGUACAGACUACAGGUGAUACAUGGCAUAUCCCCUAUAAAGACUUUUUUGAGGAAAAAUAUUCUUAUCAAGUACCAAGAAAAUGGCUCUGCAUCCAACAGAAAUGACGCACAAUGUAACUGCACACGCUGAAGCUGCCUCUCUUUUUUUGAUUACUGUUGCUGACCAGGAGAACUCAGCAGUACAAUUAUGGGAUUAACGUGUGAGGCCUAGGACUGAAGAAAAAUCAGUAAUUGCAUUUUGUCAAAAUCAUGCCUGCAGUAAAUCUGUUAAGAUCAAUGGUGGUCCAGCAGGCAUGAAUUACAUCCAUUAUUUCCAUCUUUAUGGGUAAUUUCUGUGGCUUCUCAAAGUGAUCUGAAUUAAAACUUGAUUUUUCCUCUUGCAAUGUAA